AAACUUGGAAUGACUACUGAAGUCAGUGAUAGGCUACAUGGGGUGUGGCUUCUUACAGGAAAGUGAAACUGACGGUUUAAAGUCAGCCAAUCUGGCAGAGGAAAGAGAGAGGGAGGUAGACGUGAGCCAUGGCGUCUGCUUUUUACUCUGAAGAUUUGACUUGUCCAGUUUGUCUGACUAUCUUCACAGAUCCAGUGACUCUUCUCUGUGGACACUCUUUCUGUAGAGGAUGUAUUACAGCUGUUCUGAGUACACAGCCCCAGUGUCCACAGUGUCGCACAGCUGUUCCAACACAUGUGUCAGCUGAGCUGUGCCCUGAGCAUGAAGAAAAGCUAAAACUGUUCUGCGUCACAGAUCAGCAGUUGGCUUGUAUCAUAUGCCGCGAUGGGGAGAGGCAUGAAGGACACAAGUUUAAACCAAUCAAAGAAGCAGCUGCAUCUCUCAGACUGGAGUUGGAGAAGGGCAUGGAGAAUCUUUGUGGUGAUAUCCUCGCUACAGAGAGCCUAGCGAACACACAGAGGGAAGAAAUAACAAAAACCAAAGAGAAGUCUCAGCAGCUGACCACCCAAAUCCACAGACAGGUUGAGGAGAUGCACCAGUUUCUGAGAAAGAGAGAAGAUGAGCUAAAGAAUGAGCUGAAACACAGAGAGGAAGAUGCUGUUGAGAAAAUGGUCGUGAGUUUAAAUGCUAUAGAAACCGCUUUGUGUGAGAGCAGAGAGCUGGAGAGAAAACUGAAAUCAGUAGUGAACAUUGAAGACUCAGAGAAGUUCUUAAAGAGCUGGACUGAGGGUAACAGCACAGUGACUCCAGAGCAUUUAUUUCGGCCUAGAGCAAAUGAUCUCCACGUGGUGAAUACCUCUCUCUCUUUGGGGCCUUAUGAAAGCCAUCUGCAGUUCUUUAUGUGGAAGGAGAUGCUUCAGGUGAUCCAGCCCCGAGCAGAGCUGCUCUCACUCAAAAGCAACAGUACAGACUUAACUGUGUCUGAUGAUGGCCGCAGUUUGCUUUGUACUCUCAAAAGCAACCAGGCUCCACCGGGUUUCUCCCUUGAUUUUGGUUCCGCUGCAGGAUCAGGCAAAACCACAGGCUCUUUAUUUAGCUCUGUAAACGGAUCAGGCCAAACCACAGGCUUUUCAUUUGGCUCUAGAGCAGGAUCAGACCAAAUCACAGGCUCUUUAUUUGGUUCCACUGCAGGAUUAGGCGAAACCAUAGGCUCUUCAUUUGGCUCUAGAGCAGGAUCAGGCCAAACCACAGGCUCUUUAUUUGGUUCCACUGCAGGAUUAGGCGAAACCAUAGGCUCUUCAUUUGGCUCUAGAGCAGGAUCAGGCCAAACCACAGGCUCUUUAUUUGGCUUCAAACCAGUUUCAGUCCAAACCACAGCCACUGGUUUUGGCUUAACCACAGAAUCGGAUUCGGAUUCAAAUUUAGAAUUGGAUCGACUUUAUUAUCCCACACAGGAAAGUAAAAACAAUAAAAUGAUGACAAACCAUGCAUUUAGUGUCAAUGAGUUCACUUCAGGGCAGCAUUACUGGGAAAUAGAGGUUGGACACAUUAACUAUUGGGAACUCGGGAUAAAAGAUAAUUUCAUGAAAUAUGAUAAACAAGAAUAUGCCAUCUGUAGUUCAAAUAUAACCACAAAGGUCGUAGUUGGAGCCAGACCUCGAAAGAUUGGGAUUCACCUAAACUGCACAUCCAAGACGCUGUCCUUCUAUGAUGCAGACAACAUGACCCAUAUUCACACUGUGAGCCCUAGUGUCAUGUCCGUGCCACUGUCGGCAUAUUUCAACAUUCGAACCACAGCACCAGAUCCUAACCCUCUUACAGUGUGCUGGUACUGAAGUCAAGAUCAAUAGAACAAGUACCACUUAUUUUCAGCAGUUUAAUGAGCAGGGGGAAAAAAACAUGAUCUUUUGCAGCGUGUUACAUAUUUGUAUUGCUCUGUUCGACAUUUCUAUAUACUAUUCAUUACCUAUGUAGGCUACAUUACAGGGCUUGUGGUUUUGGUGUAUCUUAUAUGGAUUACCAGAUAAAUUCAUUUUGAUAUUUUUUUUUUUUUCAAAAUGUAUGUGUUCUGUGUUUGCUAUUGGAUUUUGAAUGUUGUGACUUCAUUCUUUGUGACUCUGUUUUUUACACUAUGGUACUGAAGUGGCUUUAUCUGCUGUGUGCAUGAGAUACUCCAUGGCUCUCUGACACCACUGGAGGGUGGUGUUAUCAUGUGUCGCCAGACCCCUGCUGUAUGAGGCCUGUGAACAGCAGGAAGUCUUUGGCUUGAUUGUAUCAGUUUUUCAAAAAAUAAAAAAAAUAUUGUAUGGCUGCCCAAUA